GUGAACACUAAGCUUAUACACUUCUUUCUGCUUCUUCUUCUUCUCUCUCUCUUUGAGAAUUGAGUUUGGUUUUUCCGAAGAAAAAAAAAACGAGAGGAUGGGUUUCUUUUUCUCGGCCGAGAAAGUUGUGUAUGCCCUUCUUCUCAUCUUCAUCAUCUACUUUGAUUUUUACGGAUCAAAUGCUCAACUUUUGCCAGAAGAUGAAGUUCAAACAUUGCGAACGAUCUUUAGAAAGCUUCAAAACCAAACAGUGAACAUCGAGAGGACUUCUUGUACGGACGGGAAAUGGAACUUUGUUUCCGGCUCGUCGCCCAAAGCAACCAGUAACAUCACCUGCGACUGUACCCUCAACUCCAGUUCAGUCUGUCGUGUCACAAACAUACAGCUUCAAGGUUUUAAUUUGCGAGGAAUUGUCCCACGAGAGUUCGGGAACCUCACGCACCUUACAGAAAUAGAUCUUAUGCUGAACUUUCUCAGUGGGACAAUACCUACGACAUUGUCUCGAAUUCCACUUGAAAUCUUGUCUGUAACCGGAAACCGUCUCUCUGGACCAUUUCCUCCUCAACUCGGAGAGAUUACUACACUUACUGUAGUGAAUUUCGAAACUAAUUUAUUCACAGGAUCACUUCCUUCAAACUUAGGGAACUUAAGAAGCUUGAAAAGAUUGCUACUCUCUUCAAACAACAUCACGGGUCCGAUCCCUGAGUCCUUAAGCAAUCUCAAGAAUUUGACUGAUUUUCGGAUUGAUGGAAACUCUCUAUCUGGGAAGAUACCUGAUUUUGUUGGAAACUGGACUCAGAUCACUAGGCUAGACCUCGAAGGCACAUCAAUGGAAGGUCCAAUUCCAGCUUCAAUAUCAAACUUGAAGAACUUGACUGGAUUGAGGAUAACCGAUUUGCGUGGACCGGCCUCUUCUUUCCCAGACCUGCAAAAGAUGACGAAUAUGGACCGAUUGGUACUAAGAAACUGUUUGAUAAAGGGUUCUAUUCCGGAAUACAUUGGUACCUCCUUGAGUAAGCUGAAGUUACUAGAUUUAAGUUCAAACAUGCUAACUGGUGCAAUUCCAGACACAUUUCGGAAUCUUGAGGCAUUUAACUUUAUGUAUCUGAAUAAUAACUCAUUGACUGGUCCAGUUCCUCAGUUCAUUCUGGAUAGUAAACAAAACAUCGAUUUAUCUUACAACAAUUUCACUAAGCCACCUACUCUAAGCUGUAAUCAGCUUGAUGUGAACUUGAUCUCCAGCUACCCGUCAGCAACCGAUAACUCUGUUCAAUGGUGCUUGAGGAAGGAUCUUCCAUGUCCUAGAGAAGCAGAACAUUCUUCCUUGUUCAUCAACUGUGGAGGAUACCAACUCAAGGUUGGUAAAGACAUGUAUGUGGAAGACUUAAACACGAGAGGAGCAUCAACAUUCUCUUCUGUCUCUGAUAAAUGGGGAUACAGUAGUUCUGGAGCUUGGUUAGGCAAUGACAAGGCCCUUUACUUAGCAACUGACACAUUUAACUUGAUCAAUAAAUCAACUCCAGAGUAUUACACAAAAGCCCGUCUCGCUUCACAAUCACUCAAGUACUAUGGACUCUGCAUGAUAAGGGGAAGUUACAAAGUGCAGCUCCAUUUUGCAGAGAUAAUGUUCUCAAAUGACCAGACUUAUCGUAGCUUAGGGCGGCGAGUAUUCGACAUUUAUGUUCAAGGGAAGUUGUUGGAGAGGGACUUUAACAUAGCUGAAAGAGCAGGUGGAGUUGGUAAACCGUUCCUAAGGCAAAUUGAUGAUGUUCAGGUGAAUGGAAGUACGUUGGAGAUUCACUUGAAGUGGUUAGGGAAAGGCACAAACGUAAUACCAACACGAGGUGUUUACGGGCCUCUCAUAUCUGCCAUAACGAUUACACCAAAUUUCAAGGUUGACACCGGAAAAGAAUUGUCCAAGGAAGCAGUUGCAGGCAUUGUAAUUGCAGCGUGUGCGGCUUUCGGGUUGCUGGUAGUUCUAAUCCUCUGGCUUACAGGUUACUUAGGUGGAAAAAAAGAAGUGGAUGAAAAUGAGGAGCUUCGGGGACUUGAUUUGCAGACAGGAUCGUUCACAUUGAAACAAAUCAAACGUGCUACUAAUAACUUUGAUCCAGAAAACAAGAUUGGUGAAGGAGGAUUUGGACCGGUUUAUAAGGGUGUUCUUGCUGAUGGAAUGACCAUCGCCGUGAAGCAGCUUUCAUCAAAAUCUAAGCAAGGAAACAGAGAAUUUGUGACUGAGAUCGGAAUGAUCUCUGCGUUGCAACACCCAAACCUUGUGAAACUUUAUGGUUGUUGCAUCGAAGGGAAAGAGCUUUUGCUUGUGUAUGAGUACUUAGAGAACAAUAGUCUCGCUCGCGCACUCUUUGGCACAGAGAAACAGAAACUUCACUUGGAUUGGUCAACAAGGAACAAGAUAUGCUUAGGGAUUGCGAAAGGAUUGUCAUAUCUACACGAGGAAUCAAGGCUGAAGAUUGUUCAUAGAGACAUAAAAGCGACGAAUGUGCUUCUUGAUCUGUCUCUAAAUGCUAAGAUCUCUGAUUUUGGUCUAGCCAAGCUCGACGAGGAAGAGAACACACAUAUCAGCACAAGGAUUGCAGGAACAAUAGGUUACAUGGCUCCAGAGUAUGCAAUGAGAGGUUAUUUAACAGACAAAGCAGAUGUUUACAGCUUUGGUGUUGUCUGUUUAGAGAUUGUUAGUGGAAAGAGCAAUACAAAUUACAGACCAAGAGAAGAGUUUAUUUACCUUCUUGAUUGGGCAUAUGUCUUGCAAGAACAAGGGAGUCUUCUAGAGCUUGUGGAUCCUGAUCUCGGUACAAGCUUUUCGAAGAAAGAAGCGAUGAGGAUGUUGAACAUAGCUUUACUCUGCACGAACCCAUCUCCGACAUUGAGACCACCAAUGUCAUCUGUUGUAAAAAUGCUGGAAGGAAAAAUCAAAGUCCAACCACCACUGGUGAAACGUGAAGCAGAUCCAAGUGGUUCAGCUGCAAUGAGGUUUAAGGCCUUCGAGGUUUUGUCACAAGACAGCGAGUCACAAGUCUCGACCUACACAAGAAACAGUGAACAACACAUUAGCUCCUCUUCUAUGGAGGGUCCUUGGGUUGACUCUUCCUUCUCUGAGCCUAGCAAAGAUGUUAGCCUACAACAGCAAGAAGAAGGAAGGUCAUCAUCUUCGUCGAGGGGACUGUUAGAUGAUCUUACCGAUGUGAAGAUUGAGUAAUGAAUUGUAUAAUUUUCUUUUUUUUCUUGCUUGAUUUACUGUACAAAAGAAAAUUUCUUUUCAGGUUUUGUUAUUACGCUGUAAAAUUUCUCUGUGGGAUUGAUGAGUGUGAUUUACUAUAUACAAUAUAGUCUUUUGACGAGACUA